CAGAAGGUUAGAGAAAUCCGACAAGGUGAUGUUUUGUCUGUCUUUCCCGGAAUGACAACAUGGGCCUUCAACAACGGCGAGAACCCUCUUGAGUUGAUUUCGCUUCUCGAUCUCAGCAACGAUGCCAACCAGCUCGAUCUCAAGAUCAGAAAAUUCUUCUUGGCCGGAAACCCAUCGGCGGCGAGAGGAGAAGAGCGCCACGGAGCCCAGACCAAAGAAGCCGGCAACGUUUUCAAGGGAAUAGACGAGAAAUUCUUGUCUGCCAUUUUCAACGUGGAUGUUGACACAGCAAGGAAACUAAAGGGAGAUGAAGAUAACAGAGGCAAUAUCGUCCGAGUUGAGAAAAACUUUGAAGUUGUAUGCCCUAGUUACCAGGGAGAGGAAGCCGAAAUGAGAGAGAGGAGACACAACGGUCUUGAAGAAACCGUUUGUACCAUGAAGCUGAGUCAGAACAUCGACAGUGCUCGUCGCGCUGACGUGUACAACCCACGUGGCGGACGACUCACCACCCUCAACUCUCACCAUUUCCCCGCACUCAACACGAUCCAACUCAGCGCCGAGAGAGGUGUUCUUUACAGGAAUGCUAUAUUGGCUCCAUACUGGAACGUGAACGCGCACAGCAUGGUGUAUAUACUACGUGGGAGCGGGAGGAUGCAGAUUGUGGGUAGCAAGGGAACAGUUUUCGAUGAACAGGUUAAGGAAGGACAGAUCGUGGUGGUGCCACAAGACUUUGCUUCCAUUAAGAAGGCUAGCCAAGAUGGCUUGGAAUGGAUCGCAUUCAAGACUAGUGCCAAUGCCAUGACUAGCCCCAUAGCCGGGAGGAUGUCUGUUUUCAGGGGACUUCCCGUGGAUGUGCUGAUGAAUUCUUAUGGAAUCUCGAGGGAAGAGGCUAGGAACUUGAAGUUCAACAGGGAAGGUUUGAAGGUGUUUGGACCUGGAUCCGCCACCAGAUCAUGAACUAGGGUUUAGGG